AUUUUGGGGAUUUCUUUUUUUCGUCGGUGUGUUCUGCUUUAGAUAGAUAAAAUCUCAAAUCUCAAGAAUCCCUCCUCGAUUUCAAUCCCACUUCUGAAGGAGGGCUCCAAGCUUCGAUUUUUAUUUAUUUCCUGGAAGAUAAACCUUUGAUGACCUUUCCUUAAUGGCGAAUUCAAAUACCUCUUUAAUGAUAUUGUCUUCAGAAUCAAGGAGCGUAAACGAAUCAGGUUCUAUGAAUUCAAAUAUGGGUCCUUCACAGGCAUUUAUCAACCAGCAGAACAUAACUUCUCUUCAAGGGCCAGUUGCUAUUCUGUGGGACAUUGAGAAUUGUCCUGUUCCUAGUGAUGUCCGUCCCGAAGAUGUAGCUGGCAACAUAAGAAUGGCAUUAAGAGUUCACCCCAUUAUUCAAGGUGCUGUUACAUUGUUUUCUGCGUAUGGUGAUUUUAAUGCCUUUCCAAGGCGCCUUAGAGAAGGUUGUCAGAGAACCGGUGUAAAGCUUGUAGAUGUCCCCAAUGGAAGGAAAGAUGCUGCAGACAAGGCCAUCCUAGUUGACAUGUUCCUUUUUGCACUUGACAACCCUCCACCAUCUUCAAUCUUGUUAAUCUCUGGCGAUGUGGAUUUCUCUCCUGCUUUGCACAUACUUGGCCAACGUGGUUAUACAGUUAUCCUUGUAAUCCCUGCUGGUGUUGGUGUGUCGUCUGCCCUAAGUAAUGCUGGGAGGUAUGUUUGGGAUUGGCCUAGCGUGGCUCGUGGAGAGGGAUUUGUGCCUCCUAAAACCCUAUUGUCGCGUGGUUCAUCUGAAGGUGCUGGAUAUCUCAGGGGGUGCCAGAUAAAUGAAAACCCAGAUACCCAAAAUGAUGAAGAAGCAAUUGUGUAUAGGGGGAUAAGACACAGUGAGUAUGCAGCUCAAACAAAUAUCAACCAAAUGUACUGCUACUCGAGGAAUUCACAAUCUUUAUCGGAACACACCAAUAAUCUUAAUCUAUACGGUCUUCCCACAUCAAGAUCAAGAAGUCUCCCAUCUGGUUUGAACGAUGUUCCAGCGAUGCCUGCAAAUGUUGAAGACCCGACAUUGUGGGUCCAGCCCGGGGACAUAAUCGGUCUCAAAGGUCAGUUGGUGAAGUUACUUGAGCUCUCAGGAGGUUGCCUACCCUUAGUUCGUGUUCCUGCAGAAUAUAACAAAACUUUUGGCCGGCCCUUGUACGUGGCUGAAUAUGGCGUGAUGAAACUUGUCAACCUUCUUAAGAAGAUGGCUGAUGCAAUGACGGUAGAAGGGAAAGGCCAAAAGAAGUAUGUCUAUCUCCGUACAGCCAAUGGCGGACAUGAAAAGGUAGAAAAUGGUAACCCGUCAGCUGUUUUUCCAAAGAAGGACAAGAGAGGUAAGGGAUGCCAAGAGGAGACCGUAGAUAUUAACGUAUGCUCUUCUGAUGAGUUCUCAGAUGAUGAUAAGGGAGCCGUUGCUGGACUAACAAGCAACUCAAAUGACCGUCUCAAACAGUUUAAACAAGAAAUGCAGGAGCUGCUUGUUAGUUGUUCAUGUAAAAUUCACCUGGAAAGUUUCGAAGAAAUGUACAAGCAGCGGUACAAGAAGAAUUUACAUUAUCAAAGCUUUGGCGUCAAUAAUCUCGAGGAGCUGAUCAAUAAGGUACGUGAUGAUGUUAAUUUAUACGAAGAACAAGAAAGCAAAAGAAAAUUUGUGGUCCCCAACUUUGCAAGUGGCUAAACUAACCUGUGUUGUGUUUUCAGACAUUAUAAGACUUGUGCUUAACUUAUGUCUGCCCAUGUAGCAAUAUCAGCCUAUCUGUUUUAUUCAUGUUACAGAGCUGAGCCCGUAAGGGUCUUUAGAAAACUUUCGUUUUAGUCGUGUUUACAAAGCUGAGCCUGUAAGGUUUUUUAAGAGAAUGCCAGCUUUUUUUUCUUCUUCCUUCUUUAAUAUCAAUUUGUAUUACAGUUUUGUUGCUCUUUGUAGUGUAAGAAGAUAAAUGUCAGGGUUUUCAUGAGUAGGAAUUUGAAAUCCCUGUGGUUGAACUGAUCAGCUAGUUUUGUAAAUUAUUAAUUGGAGUCAUCCUGCAAUCCAAAACACAGUAUCUGCCGUUGUUGGUUUAGACUUCUUGA